AUGGAGCUGCACAUGCCCGGUCAGACGGCCUCCAUACAGGUUCUCCGAUCCAGUCGUUCGAGUACCACGCUGGUUCAAACUGGACCGGCCUCGAUGCUGGUGGCGCCCGCCAUGUCUUCCUACGCACCCCUGGGAGGCGGAGAUGCGGCUGCCGGGCCCAUGGUUCGGCGGGGGCCGAGCUCCCACGGCACCGUCUCGGUCACGGUGAAGAAGUCCGUACCUGCGGGCCUGGCCUCGGGUGGAUCUUCCCCCAUCCGACGGGCCACGGCCACGCCGGGAUCCUUGGUGGCGGCGACUGGGCAGGCCCAAAGCGCCGCCGACGCUGCUUCGGGCGCACGGGUGGUGAAGCAGACGGUUGGCACCCCCGUGGCCGCCUCCUCGGGCAAGGCGCGGAUGGCGACUUCCACCACACAGGCAGCCUCGAGGCUAGCAGCUGCCUCGCAGCUUAGGGCCGUGUCCCUCGAAUAUUCUCAUGCAGACCUUACUGCAGCUACGGACAACUGGAGCACCAGUCGCCGCCUGGGCUCCGGCAAGCAUGGCUCUGUUUUCAAGGCAGAGCUGAAGGAUGGCUCUCAGGUGGCCGUGAAGGCGAUCGACUUGGCCGCGGUCGUCGGCGCUGGCGACUCUCCAGAAGACGCUGGCUUCGAUGAGGAGGUCAUCAUGCUUAGCAAGUUCCGGCACCCGAACUUGGUGACACUGCUGGGCUGGGGCAGCCACGGCAGCUCCCGAUACUUAGUCUACGAGCUUCUGUCUGGUGGGGACCUCUUCCGACGGCUCCAUAAGAGCAGAUCGCAAAGCCCGACCCCGUUUCCGUGGCACGAGCGCUUAUCUGUCUGCCUCGAUGCCGCCACGGGGCUCUCGCACAUGCACAACUCGACACCCAAGGCCUUCCACCGCGACAUCAAGUCGGCGAACAUCCUGCUGGAUCGGCAUGGAACGGCCAAGAUGGCUGACUUUGGGCUCAGUUGCUCCUCCAGCCACGCCGGCGCCGACCAUGUGGAUGUGCGCUUCGCUUCCGGCACGCCGGGUUACCGCUGUCCGCUCUACGAGAAGACGGGUCGCGUCAGCGAAGCUUCGGAGGCCUACUCCUUCUGCAUGGUGAUGCUGGAGGUUCUGCUGGGCCUGGAUCCCUCCAUGUCCAACUCCAAGGUCCCUGGUGGGCUGAGCUAUCCGAUCACCGAGACCGUGGCUCCUGCACGCCCCGGCGCUGAGGAGCGAUGUCUCCGCGCUUUGGACGCGAAGGCUGGGUGGCCGGUGGAGGUGGCACGUGAGAUCGCCGCGCUCGCCGUGCGCGGUGUUUGUGCAUACGACGAUCGGCAACGGCCACCUUUCGUAGAGAUCGUGAAAACCCUUCGGUCGCUGACCGAGCGAUUCCCGCCGAGCUUCACAAGCGCCAGCGCGCCACCGGUGGCAGAGGUGCGACAAGUGGUCGAGGUGCAAGGUGGCUCGCAGAGGGUUCGUCCGGCUAGCGCGGCGGACCAGAUGAUGCAAAAGCCGGUGACGGUGCAAGCCACGCCGGUGCUUCCGUUGCCGCCCCGGGGCAGGGAAGCCGAGGUGGCAAAGAUCGACAGCCAGCCCGCUCUUGUGAGUGACACCGACAUCUCCGAGACUACCAGUGAGCCGCCGGAGUACCCUUACUUGCUUGAGCUGACCUUGGCGACGGGGGCCUUCGUGGAACUCUCGGACGAGCAGCGCUUUCUGCCGCUGAAGCCCCGAAUCGAGGGGAGUGCGUGCAUCGCGGCGGUGGGCCGAGGGCAGCAGGCAGAGCUCUUUGAGGCCUGGCUGCCGGAUGCUCGGAUACGCACCUGCGUGUCGCGGAAUGCUUUCGAGAUCUCCUGGCUUAGGGAGACUCGGGAUCCCAUCCCGCCGUGCCUUACCGCGCUGGGAAGCGGCCCGGUGUCUGUGGAGGGCCAGGUGGUGGCGGUGAAGACACCCUACGUGCUGCAGCACGGCUCGGAGAUCGGUUUGCUCUACGGCAAGCAGCUGCUGGUCCGCUUCCGCUUCCACGACAUGUCCGUCAAGGGCAGCAUGAGCCUUCGCAGCUACAUCGCCCAGCCCUCCUCCCCGCAGAGCAGGGCGGGCGCUUCCCCGCAGAACCGGGCGCCAAUCGUUCCGGCCUCACCAGCCGUGGCGCAGCGGAAUUCCGGACCCAGCAGUGGCUACCCGCAUGCUGCGCAGUCCGGAACUCCGGUAUCGGGACAGGCCUCGGUAAGGGGUGCCAGCACCCGACGAACGCGGGACCGGAGCAAUCCGUCCUUCACAGGCUCCUUCAUCGAGGACAUGGAGUUCCGCACCAGCAUUCCAGGCGUCCCGCAGGCGCAGGCGCAGGCUGCGCCACGAAGUACCGUUGCUGCAACCAGCGGCACUAGUGCCGCCAACGCUGUCGCACCGCCUGUGGUGUGUCUGGAGCUUUGGGGAGACCAGGUGGCGAACCUGGGCAUGGAAAGGCGGAGCAUCGGACCUGUGUCCCUGGCAGGGAAGCCGCUCCUUGUAGGCUCGCGCCACCAGCCGCACAUCGCCAACGACGCGGCGCUGAAGGGCUUCACGAAUAUCGUGGACCGGGACCACUUCUGCAUUGCUUCGGAGGGUGGCGUCUUCUGGCUCCUAUGCCUUACGAGCAAGGGCCUCUGGCGCGUCCGGGAGGGAGUGGAGCCCCAACGCCUGAUUCUCGACGACCUCGCCUCCUUGCAACACGGCGACGUCGUUGUGCCGAGGCUAGGAUCCGAACUCAGCGUGGAACAGUGCUGCCGCACCCUCUCCUGGCGCUUCACAGUCCUCCUGGAGCCCAGCUAA